AUGGCAUUGCGUCGAUUUCAAGCUUUUCGACUAGUUGUCGGUGUUGUAUGGCGUUCUCUGUCGUCGUCCGUGUCUCCCUCCUACAAUGACGACGCACUUCACGCGGAAGACGACGAGCCGUCGUUCUCAGAGAUGUUUCGUCACUCGAAGUUCGCUCAGUUGGGCCCUUCCUUGCGAAACCGAGCGGUGGAGGGUAUAGUAGUGAAAGUCAUCGAAGACGACAUGUUUGUGGAUUUUGGCGGCAAAUUCUUCGCGACAGUGAAAAAGCCUGCUUUGACGCAACAAAAUCAAUGCUUUGAAGGGAUGCUUGUUCAUCUUGCACUGAAAGACUUGGAGAUUACGGAGCACUUUCUUGGUCACAGCAAACAUACAACGUUUUUAGAAGCUGAUGCAGAUUUAAAAGGUAUGCAGACAAGUCGUUCUAGACAGACAGCAGACACUCUCAAUGAUGAUGAACCAGCUACUAGAUGAGGAUGUAUAUAAAUGUGUCAUUAUAUUAGCUUAACUGGUAAUAGUUGAUAUUAAUGUGUAAAUAUAUUUGGUCAAGCGUAGUAUGAGUCAGUCAUGUGGCAUUACAGUAAAUCGUCAGGCUAAGGUCAGACUAACAUGUUGGUGGUCAGAUUUCUUCACACAAUGUGGUCAGUUGACUGAAAUUGGUACACAUUGUGUGACAAACUGUGAGCAGUUUGCAACCACCUA